AUGGCUCAUCAUAUGUUAUGGAGCCUCGUUUGGGCUAUAUCAAUAGCCAUUCUAACUAUUUUGGGCCCCGCCGAGGCCCACAAACCCAACAACAACGUCAUGAACGUGAUCGAUCGAUGCUGGCGUACGAACCCCAACUGGAGGCGCAACCGUCACCAGCUGGCAACGUGCUCGGUUGGCUACGCCGGAAAAAUGACCAAUAACAUCGGGCGGGCCGUAACGAAUUACAAAGUCACGGACCCGAGCGACGACCCGUUGAACCCGAGGCCCGGGACUUUGAGACACGCAGUGACAAGCAUCAAGGGAAAAGUUUGGGUCACGUUCGCUCGGGACAUGAGCAUAAAGCUCAUCAAGCCCCUCCUUGUCAGCAGCUAUACCACCCUCGACGGCAGAGGAGUCAACGUGCACAUUGCAAACGGCGCUUGCCUUUAUCUUCGACGGGUGACAGACGUGAUCAUCCACGGGCUCCGAAUCCAUAAUUGUGUGGCGCAGGGGCCAGGCCCGGUAUUGGGCCCGAACAGGCGAGUCGUGAAUCUCGGGCCCGUCGAUGGGGACGCGAUCCGGAUGCUGACGUCAACAAGGGUGUGGAUCGACCACAACACGUUGUCCGACUGUCAAGAUGGGUUGAUUGACGUCACGCGCGGGUCCACGGAAAUCACGAUCACGAACAACCGGUUCAAGCUCCAAAACAAGGUCAUGCUAUUAGGCCACGAUGAUGGGUUCAGGCGGGACUCAAACAUGCGGGUCACGGUAGCCUUCAACCAAUUCGGCCCGCAUUGCAUGCAGAGAAUGCCAAGGAUUCGAUUUGGAUACGCCCAUGUUGUGAACAAUUUGUACCUCGGAUGGGGACAAUAUGCCCUUGGAGGGAGCAUGAACCCUAGCAUCAAGAGCCAAGCAAAUCUCUUCAUCGCGCCACAAGGAGACAAUAAAGAGAUCACAUGGGACAGCAGUGCAAACGGCAGGUUCAAAUCAAUAAACGACGUGUUUGAAAACGGAGCCUCGUUUAAGGAGUCGGUCGAUAAAGGUGUGACAAUGAGGCCGAACUACCGUCCGGACCAAAAUUUCAAAGUGUCCGACGGGAGAAUAGUUAGGGCUCUGACGAGUUCGGCCGGGGCUUUGAUAUGUCCUAGGACAUCAACGUGUUAA